UACGCGAUGGCCGCUCUCUCAACAAUAUCGGGAGUUUAAAGCGAAAACAAUGGCUAGGUCACUCCCAACGGGGUGUUUUUGCAUCGACUAACUACCGGAAUGAUAGCAGCACAGUUUUAGCUGAUUAGGUUUGUUUUAAAGAAGAGUCGGAGGCGUCCCGAUUCUGUUGGGGACUCAGUGUUUUUCUUGUUCGUCUCCCGGGCCUGGCCAUAGCAGCCUACACUGUAGCGGCGGGUUGCUACUUUUGGAUGAGCGGGCUGUAGGUCUCACAGAGGUGGGGUCUGAAUUUUGGCGAGCCGGAGGGGAAACAUCUCGGAUGAGUCUCGAAGAGAGUUGUAGGAUGGAUCCAGACAGUGGGGUGGAAACACAAAAAGCUGUCAGUUUGCAAUGGAAGAGCUACAAACUCGUCCAGGACCCAACCCUUAGGCGGGUCACACAGAAAAUCUACAGAUAUGAUGGAAUCCAUUUCAGUGUGCCCGAUGCUGGAUUCCCUCCCGUGGGCGAUCUGCGGGAUCCUAGACCCCGGAGACUAUGGUCCAGGUAUACAGAGCUGUCCCUUCCAGUGCCGAAGUUCAAGCUUGAUGAGUUUUACGUUGGUCCCAUACCUCUCAAGGAGGUAACCUUUGCAAGACUCAAUGACAACAUCAAAGAGCCCUUCUUGGCAGAAAUGUGUGCAAAGUUUGGUGAGGUGGAGGAGAUGGAGAUCCUGUUUCAUCCCAAGACCAGGAAGCACUUGGGCCUAGCCAGAGUUUUGUUCACCAGCACCAGAGGAGCCAAGGACACAGUCAAACAACUGCACAACACUUCUGUCAUGGGUAACAUCAUUCAUGCUCAACUGGACAUAAAAGGCCAGCAAAGACAGAAGUAUUAUGACCUGAUAGUAAAUGGGUCCUACACUCCUCAGACAGUCCCCCUGGGCGGUAAGGCUUUGACAGAACGGCUCCAACCUCAGGCCCCAACACAGCCACAGCCUGACACGUCGUCAGAUAUCAGGCGGAGGCUCUCCAGUGAGCUUGCAGUUUUAGCAGCCGGAGUCCAGGCCCUCACAUCAGGAAGUGUUACCCCUAGCACUGUGGAUUCUGGUUACAGUGAUCAGCGACUAGACACACCACCUUCCUCCAUGGUGGGUCCCUAUACCCCAGGUUCCACUGCUUCAUCUCAGGGUGGUGGAGGAACACCUUACAACUCCAGAUCUGGUACUCCUUUCACGCAGGACUCGGGAUACACUGGGGGCAGGCACAGUGGUUACAAUAGUGGCAGUGGCUACCCUCCCCAAGACAUGCUACCUUCCUCAUCAUCAUCUUCUGCUGUUUCAUCCACUGUUGGAGGAUAUAAAGUACCUCGCUACCCUGAGGAUGCACAGGAGCCUUCAAUGUUUCAUCGUGGCCGCCCUAUAUACCCCCAGUCAUACCGUCCCAAUGAGCCACCGUGCUUCCCACCCUAUCCCAGUGUUGGUGGGAAUGGGCCACAGAUGGCCCACCACUCUUCUAUGCCACCACCACCUCUUGCCAGUCAAUAUGAUCAGAACCUUGGGUCAGACAGGGAUAGAGACCGUGACAGAGAUUCAGGAGGUCGCUAUGCGGCAGGAGUAGUUGGCUCGAGAAGGUCAUCUUACCACCACCAGCAAGACACAAAUUCUUCCUCAAAAUAUCAUUCCCAUCACUCCCAUCACCACUCCGAUCGCAGGGAUGACAGGGGAUAUCGGCGGGAUAGCCUGGGCUCACGGUCAGGUGACCACAGCCACCAGAGACACCGCAACCACCACCAUUCUCACAACCAUCAUGGCAGCAACCGCAGAAGGAGUAGCCAUGACCGGGACAGAGACAGAGAUCGAGACCGAGAUAGAGACAGGGACAGAGACAGUGACUACUCCAACAGCUCUGACCCUAGAUACAAUUCCAAUUCCUACCGCUCUUCCUCAAACAGCAUGUCUCCCCCUCCAUCAUCUUACUCCUCAUACUCCUCCUCCAAAGAACCCACCCCUGCCCCUCCUCAGGGACUGGACAGUUCUAAUCGUCUGGGAGGCACAAGCUUGGCAGAAAGGGGCUCCCUAUCAUCCGGUGGAAAAGACUACCACCCUGGUCACCACGGUGCUUUGCCUCCACCUCCUCCUCCUCCACCUCCACCCCUACCACCAGCCUCGGUUAUGGCAGCAGCUGUAGCUGAGACUCUUGGUACAAUGGAUUUUGUCCAGGAUAGUCCAACACAUGAAGAGCAGUGGACAAAGCCCAAACGCCGUCCCAGCACCCCACCUGCACCACCAAAGUCACCCCCACCAUCAUCACCUCCCCAUCCCUCUAUCAGUUCCUCCUCUACCUCCCCCUCCUCCACUUCACUUCCUCAUCACCUCCCUUCUUCUUCAAGUUCCCCACCACACCCUCAGCGUGAUUCGUCUUCACCUGAACCAGAUUCUACCAAUGAGAGUUUGCCUUUCGUCUACCACAGCAGCAGCCUGGAUUCUCGUAUAGAGAUGCUGUUAAAGGAACAGAAGGCUAAAUUUUCUUUUCUUGCAUCUGAUGAGGAAGAGGAGGAUGAUAUGAAAGAGGACAAGCAAAGGGGUACACAUGGAGAAGGAGGAGAACGAAGAGGAAGAUCAGGUGAUCUAAAAGGGGAACAAACAAGUAGUAAUCAGGUUCAUGACAGUGGUGAAAAGGACCACCGGAGGAAAGGAGACAGAGAUAGCCACAGAGGAAGGAAACGGGGAAAAGGAGGAGAGGGUAGGAAGAGUCCCACUGUGCUAACAGCAACAGCGCCAUCCUCUUCCUCCUUUUCUCCACAUAUCCCACCCGUAGAAGAACCCCAGACACAGGUUGGCCUUCCCGGACUUGGCACCUUGCAGGAUGAAUCUUCACAGAGUGGAUCUGCUGAUGCAAGGAGCACAACUGGAGCACACACACCACCUUAUAAUGGACAGAGUCAGUCCUCCCCUCGCUCCUCAGGGGAAGACAUGGAGAUUUCAGAUGAAGAGGAGGAGGACACUACCAUAACAACGGUGACUGCCCACCAGCCCCCUGUCAUCUCAGGUUCCUCACCGUCGUCCCAGGCUGCCAAUGCCUCACAAACAACGGACCCCUCAUCUUCCCCCCCACCAGUCAAUGAUUCUGCACAGCACUUUGGCACAUCCAUGCACCCUCCUAUACCCUCUUACCCUCCUCAUUUGCCCCCUCCCCCUCCCCCUGCUUACUCCCUCCAGCCCCCACCUCCCCCAGGGAUUCCUCCCCUUCCCCACAUGGAACUGCACCCUGAGUAUCCUCCACAAAUGCCCCAUCAUAUGUAUGACUAUGCUGCCUCUAUGGAGCUGAUGAACCAGUACAGUGGUGGAGCUCCUAUGUCUUUCCAAAUGCAGACCCAUAUGCUAAGUCGCCUACAUCAGCUGCGUAUGUCAUCAUCUAAUGGCACGCCUGACCCUGGUGAGGCAGCCACAGCAGACUACACAUCUUACCAUCUUCACUCAAUGCCGCCAACUCACCCCUAUAUGGACCAAGAGGGGAGUGGGGCAAAUGCUCAUUAUGACCAGGACCAUCGCUACAUGCCCCAUCACAUGCCCUACUCCUACCCCGACCCCCACAGCACUCAGAUUCCACCCCCUCCCCACCAUGGCAUCCCACCUCACCAUACAGCCUGGCCUCAGCAUGUCAUACCGCCACAUUACCCCUCUUACAUGCCCCCGCCUGGCUAUGAAACAAUGAUGCCAAGUGAUGGAGAAGAGUACAGGGCUCCAGGGGAGGAGAUACCCAUUCUCGCUGAGAAUCCAAAUGAGGCCACAGUACAGAUGGUGCUGGGCGCCCUCAUCCAGGAAAUGAAAAACAUCAUGCAGCGAGACCUUAAUCGCAAGAUGGUGGAGAAUGUUGCUUUUGCCACUUUUGAUGAGUGGUGGGACAGGAAGGAAACCAAGGCCAAGCCUUUCCAGACAAUGGUUAGAGGGGUGUCCGCUUUAAGGGAUGAUGAGAAAAAGGAGGAAAAGGUGAACCGUCCACGCGAGCCUCUGACGUCACUUGUAGACUGGGCCAAGAGUGGGGGCAUGGAGGGCUUUUCUCUCCGAGGAGCACUGCGGCUGCCUUCGUUCAAGGUCAAAAGGAAAGAACCUCAGGAGCUUGAAGAGGGAGACAUCAAAAGACCACAUCCCUUAUUGCCACCGGAUGAUGAUGAUGAAGCUGCCGAUGGAAGAAUUCCGGAUUCGGAAAGGCAUGGGGCUGAAAGAGAAAACAAAAGGAGGAAAAAGAAGCCAAGAAGCCGUAAACCUUGGGAACUUGACAGUGAAGGAGAAGAGACAUCGGAUGGCUCCUCUACUGAAAAGGAGGAUGCGGAAGAAGAGGAAAGUGAGAAAGAGUCUGAUGAUGAUGUUCGUAGUGCUGAUAGCGAUGAUGAGAGCUCCUCAUACUCUGAGGGCUCUUCCUCCUCAACAUCCUCAUCUUCAUCCUCCUCUGAGGAUGAGGAUGAAGAAGAAGAAGGCGAGAGAGUUGACAGUGAAGGACCAGACACCAUGGAUGAGUCCACCAUGGACAGCACGACGGGGAGAGAGCAUGACAGGGAAAAGAACAAAGCUGCUGUUUCAAAGGCUGAUGUUAAAAUCGGAGAAGGCAAGGACGGCAAGGCAGAUACAGCGACAGCACAAACCAAGCGCCCUCCAUCGCCACCAUACCCGAGACCUUCGUCACCUGUCGUCCUCGUGCCCCCGCUCAAGAAACGCAGGAAAACUGUCUCCUUCUCCACAGAUGAGAACAACAGCAAAAUGUUUGCACCACUAUCUACGUCUCCCUCCCAAGUGGCGGCUGAAUCUGCCCUCCUGUCUUCUGGAAGGUUUCCUGACUCCCCUGUCACUACUGCUCCAACCCACUCUGUUCGUUCGUCUCAAAGCAUUCAGCUGCUCCCCUUCGCUUCCAAACCAGGUGAAGGCAAUGCCCUCAUCGUUCCCCCUCCUGGACGACCGCAGGAUUCUGAUUCUGAGUCCAAAAAGGGACCUGCAGUUGCUCAGACUACCACUCCUGUCAAAUCUCCUGGCAAGCGUGGGGCAGGCAAGGACUCCCCCAAAUCUCCCAUUCCUCCUGUUAUGGUGUGCCGCACUGUACAGAAUCUGCCACUGGAUCAUGCUUCAAUGUGCAGGAUGGCCUUUGAAGAGGCCCCUUCAGUCCCUGUCAACAAACGGUCCAGAGGCCGGCCUCGGACUACCAGCUUGUCAGCCUCUUCCUGUCAAUCCCUUAGGGAGGAAGAUGAGGAUGAGGAAGAGAGUGAGCAGAGAUUGAGACUCAGAGAGCAACUAGGGGCGUCCAGCCUCCUGCAGCUGGCCUCAGCUACAGACCUGUCUGUUUUAGCUGAUGUAGCCUUGAAAAUGGACCCUGACACUGGGGACUCUGAGGAGACUGAGACUUCUGACGAGGCUGAGGAACAAAAGAUGGAGGAGAGUUUGUUCUCUCCUGAGUCACUGGCCCUGGUUAUGAGCGCGGAGGGUGUGAUUGUUGUCAUGGAGCACAACUACUGCAAACCCCCAGUUCUCCCAGCACCUUCUGGUACCAAAAGGAAUUCCUCCAGACAAGACUCUUCUGUCUGGCUCCCAACAGAGCUCAACACAAUUUCUGGGGUUCUUGAAGCACCAGAGGAAGUCAUUGAAGAGGCACUGCCAUCCAGGGGAGAUGCGGGAGAAUGUGUGUCAGCAGUGGGAGAGCCAUGCGAGUCUGAGGAUGGACAGGCCACAGCCGUACUUCCAGCAUCGAAGAAGAAGAGCAUGGUCGGAAAAAGCCCGGAAAUUGAAAAUGACAGGGGCCAAAAGAGGAGACGAAAAGACAGAGAACUCAUUGAGGUUCAGGCCACAAAAAAGCCAAAAGAGCAGCCAGGCAAGAAACAGAGGAAGAGGAAACCAGAGGAAUCGGAGGAAGAUGUGGACGUGGAGGAGCUCGAGUCUGGCGAGCUGUCCAGCUCAGACACGGAGGACGAAAUGAUUGAAGAGGUCAGGAAAAGCGAGCGUCUCUUUCUGCAGGAGGCAGGGGUGGCGCUGUCCCAUCGCUGGCCGAAACCUGUACCAGCACCUGAACCGCCAGUGAGGUUUGACAACCGCAGCGAGUUUGAGCAGAUGACCAUCCUGUAUGACAUCUGGAACUCUGGUCUGGACACCGAAGACUUGAUGUUGCUGAAGAGGACUUAUGAGAAGCUGCUCCAGGAUGACCAUAACUCUGACUGGCUUAAUGAUACUCACUGGGUCAACCACACUAUAACCAAUUUGCCAAACCCUCGCCGUAAAAAGAAGAGCGCCGAUGGACAGCUCCGUGAGCACGUCACCGGUUGUGCCCGAAGCGAAGGCUAUUACGCCAUCAGCCGCAAAGAGAAGGACGUCUACCUGGACCUGGAUCUCCCUGAGCAGGUCAUACGGGAGGCAGAGAAUGUCGACUGCUCGGGAGCAAAUAGAGUGCUUUCUGAAAGACGUUCAGAGCAGCGUCGCCUCUUGACCGUCAUUGGCACGACAGCUGUGAUGGACUCUGACCUGCUCAAGCUCAACCAGCUCAAGUUUCGCAAGAAGAAGCUUCGCUUUGGACGCAGCAGGAUCCAUGAGUGGGGCCUGUUUGCCAUGGAGCCUAUUGCUGCUGAUGAGAUGGUUAUUGAGUAUGUGGGUCAGAAUAUCAGACAGAUGGUGGCUGACAAUCGGGAGAAGCGGUACGCACAGCAGGGCAUCAGGAGCAGCUACUUGUUCAGAGUGGACCAUGACACAAUUAUAGAUGCCACCAAGUGUGGCAACCUGGCCAGAUUCAUCAACCACUGCUGCACUCCAAACUGCUAUGCCAAGGUUAUCACUAUAGAAUCCCAGAAAAAGAUCGUCAUCUACUCAAAGCAGCCCAUUGCCGUCAAUGAAGAGAUUACGUACGACUAUAAAUUCCCACUUGAAGAGAACAAGAUCCCGUGCCUGUGUGGAACAGAAAACUGUCGUGGGACACUCAACUAGUGAUGCACUUCUCCAUCACUUGCCAGCCAGCAGGUCACUCUUUUCAGAGCGUACAUAAAAACAAAGCCGCCUCCUGGUAUCCCUUCCUCUCCGGAAAGUUUAACAGCUGGUCCCACAAAACCCAGGAAGCAGACACGCACACACUUGCACUUUUUAUGCACACUUCACUUGCUUGGCAGUGUUACAAGCCAGUGUGUGAGCGGUUGGUGUAACCUGGGGGGGGGGGCUCUCUUUCAGCAUUUGCUUCUCUGUGGCAGUAUUGUUGGGCCUAAUUGGAUAAUAGGCUCCAUCCAAGUUGUUGCGUGCAGCAAGGCAUAAAAGGUCUGUAUAUUUCCAUGCCGUUAUCCGGUUAAAGGAAGACAGUGGCUCUGUUGUUUCACGUCUCUGAUAGCUCACAAGUUCUACAGGCCAGGAUCACUCUCUCUGCGUUGAAUCCCUACCUGCACCCAUCCUCCGACACAGGUCCGCACACAGACGCACAGGACUUCAGACAAAUUCAGGGUUUUUAAAAGCGCCUGUUCAGGGCACACUUUUAAAAUGACAGAUUCAAUCAGUUUGGUCUUCAGUUACACAAGAUUUAAGUGUGAACAUUGUUUUUUUUUUCUUAAUUUCUUUUCAUAGUAUUAUAUAUAAUAUUGAUAUUGCUGUUAAUAAUGUUAUUGUAAUUUAGUUGCAUUUUCUGUAAGCAUCUUACAGUGAAAUGAGCUUCAGUGUAUUCACCCACUGUCCUCAGUGGCUUGUGAUUCACCAGCCCUAUAAAAGCGUUCCCCUUCUCCACUGUGCGUCACUCUCCUGCUUCACCUUCUGUCUGCAAAACAAAGUCCUCUGACCCCUUGUUUUAACCACAAUGAACAUGUGUCGGCUGCGUUGUCCCAUAGCUAGGAAUGUGUUAUUUUUACAUGGCUGCUGAUCUUUUUUUUGUCUGCUGUAUCAGCACAACCAAAAUUGGCCUGUGUUUCAACUUUUGUUUUUUUUUUUUUGUUUAGUUUAGGCUUUGUCAACAAAACAUCACACUGGGAGAACUCAUGGUUAGUUGGUUUAAUAGGAUCUCUGUGUCCUAUUAUUUGGCUCAACCAGCAGAUGUCAGAUUUCAAAUUCAACCUUUUCAUCAGCAGCAAAAUUCCCGCAGGUCUUCGUAUAAAUGUGGUCGCUGUUAAAGUUGUUCUUAAGUGUUUUUAAAGUCCACAUUUAUGUGAACGAUCAGGCUUUUAGUUCUUUAGGGCCUUUCCAAAUACAUAAUUCUAUUUUAUUUGAGGGGGUGGGGUGAUUACAGCAUACAAAUACCCCUUCCUGCAAACUUUUAUCAGGCUAAGGAAAAACAAUGCCCUAAUGGUGAAAUCUGUUGAUUCGUGGAAUUUAAACAAUGUUUGCCUGCUGAACAACUGAGCGUCAGCAGAUGUGUGCUCCGCUGCAGACAGAGGGAUCUUUGGCCCUGGUGGUGUUUCAGUUUUUCACGAGGCGAUCGCCGUCCACAGUAGAACUUUAGUUUUGGUCUUUUUUUUUUCUAAAAGGUGGCUUUUAAUUUAGUUCCCUCCCGAACAGGAAAACAUGUAAGAUACUUCUUGUUGUGAUGACAGCCUUUCAAUACAAACCAAACCCUCUUUACUACGGAAUAAAAAAAGAGAGAGGGGAAAAAAAUUUAAGUACGUGUAAAUAUUGUAGAGUGUUUGUUUCUCGUAGAAACACACUGAUUCCAAGCUGUAAAUAUGUUGUUCCUGUUCCUCUCUCCAUGAGGAGGAAAUGUGUACAUACCUUCCAUUCAUUUAUUUUUUAUUGUUUUCCUUUUAAUUUGAUGAUGAUUUUAAUAUUAUUUGCAGUAUUUCUCUUGUAUUAAUGCGUUGAACCCUUUAUUAAUGGUGCAUUAAAAUAUUUUUUAAAUAAAA